AUGUAUGAGGACAUUGCAUUCAAAGAUGCAUUUGAGAGCAUACCAAACAGAUGCUCUGACAAAGUGCUCGCACUGUACAUGUCCCUGAAAGGAUUCCACAAGAACCUCAGCAAAACUACAGUCGAGAGCAUCCGUUCAGCAUUUAAGAAGAUAGAUGGUGAUACCUAUCAUGGCAAAUGGCACUUCAAUGAGGCAAAACAACGCUGGGAAGGAAAUCCUGCUGAUUCCGCAGACAUCUAUGAUGUGCUGUCGUCAAUCAAGCAUAAGGCGAUUGCAGAGGGUGGAGAUCGGACUCACUCGAUGGCGAUGAUGAAGGACUACAUGGAUCAGGCAUUCUGA